AUGGAAAAGAAUCACAACAUUCUAAAAUAUGGCAACAGCUUUAAUAUGAGCAAAGAGCUAAAGUCGUACAUGCUGAAAACAAUGAAGGAAUAUCAGCACUAUUUUGAAAAGACAUCAACGAAAAAUUGCUACUUGGAGGAUAACAUGAGCUUGAUUAAAGAUCUAAAAAUCGACGAGGACAACGGCUACAAUGAAGAUAUUUUUUUGAAAAUACAAAAGCAGUUCCACAUGCAUGACUUUUUCAACCUAUCUUUGUUAUUCCCGGUGAAAUUUUUUAACAAAAAUGGAAAGACGCUAGUGCAGUUAAUAUCAGAAGAUACCACUCAAAACGACUUGGAAUUGAUACAAGCCGUUCUGAAGAAUAUAGAGCAUAACGAACAGAACAAACUAAAUUUUUUCAACAUAGAAAAUAUAAUUUUUGAGCUAUUAGACGAAAUAAUAAGGCAAAUAACUGUAGAGUGUCCGAAGCGUGGCUUCGCCCUGCUAAUGAUCAAUAACGAAAUACAAAAAAAUAUUAACUACUACAAAAAUCUGAUUGAUAUCAUAGAGCACAAUAAUGACAUGAACAACCAGAAUUUUAAGGAACAGUGGCAGCAGCAUAAGUUAUUCCUUGACGAACUGACAGCGGAAGAGAUUGAAUUGAAGGAAAAGCUCCUGGACUCGCAGAACGAACUACAACUUUUGAAGAACGAAAAUUUAAAGAAAAUGCAAGAAAAUAAAAAUAAAAAGGAGAUACAGUACGACUUAUUAAAGCACAAUGAAUCUUUACUCGAGAAAAUUAAAGAAAUCUACGACAAGCAAGGGGAAAUUUAA